ACAGAACAGAGCUACAAUCUUGGAAGCAAGGAGCAAGAUAGUGCUCUGGAAAUCUCUAAAUAGCUAAAGAGAUUUUGGGUUAAGAGGGAAACUCAAGAAAAAUGCCGAUUUCUAGAAUUGCAGUUGGAACGCCAGGUGAAGCGAGCCGGCCGGACGCGCUCAAGGCGGCUCUGGCAGAAUUCUUCUCUACGCUGAUUUUCGUUUUCGCCGGUGAAGGAUCUGGGAUGGCUUUCAACAAGUUAACUGAUAACGGGUCAACAACGCCAGCAGGCCUGGUGGCUGCAUCGCUGGCUCAUGCAUUUGGACUUUUUGUGGCGGUCUCAGUUGGGGCAAACAUUUCUGGGGGCCAUGUCAACCCGGCCGUGACCUUUGGUGCGUUUAUUGGUGGCAAUAUUACCUUGUUGAGGGGCAUCUUGUAUUGGAUUGCACAAUUGCUUGGAUCAGUUGUGGCUUGCUUGUUGCUUAAAUUCGCCACUGGUGGAUUGGAAACAUCAGCAUUUUCCUUAUCCUCAAAUGUAUCCGUGUGGAAUGCCGUUGUGUUUGAGAUUGUGAUGACCUUCGGCCUGGUCUACACAGUGUAUGCCACAGCAGUGGAUCCAAGGAAGGGAAAUAUUGGCAUUGUUGCACCCAUAGCAAUUGGUUUCAUUGUGGGUGCUAACAUCUUGGCUGGUGGUGCCUUUGAUGGUGCCUCUAUGAACCCAGCUGUGUCAUUUGGUCCUGCUGUGGUUAGCUGGUCAUGGACUAACCACUGGGUCUACUGGGUCGGUCCACUUAUUGGUGCUGCCAUUGCAGCCCUUAUCUAUGACAACCUUUUCAUUGGUGAAGGUGCUCACGAGCCGCUUCCUACCAAUGAUUUUUAGGAGUUUCUUCUCAAUUUGAAUCUCUUUUCAAGAUCAAAGUUUCUCUCUUUCCUUUUAAAUUGUGGAGAGAAUAAAAUUUGGAUGAAAAAUAAUGCAGUUGUCUUUGUGGUAGGAGAACUAGGGUUGGAUUGGAUUUGGAUUUACUUGUACUUUUAUUUUAGUUUGCUUGUUUGUACUUUUGCUUACAGAAGUAAAGAAAAGCUUCUUUGCACC